AUGGGUUUUUUGGGAAGUGAUCAUCCACAUACUUCAAUCACAGAGACUCUUAACAAACUUACAAAGUCUAAGAAAUAUGAUCUCGAAGUAGAGAUUGGAACUUUAGUCGAUUUGAUUAGAACUAGAGACAAAUAUCAAUACAACGAAAAUCAAUUGGAAGCAGCCAGAACUUUACGUAAGAAAUUCAAAUAUGGUGAUAAGACUCAAAUUGCUAGAUCGUUUGAUAUAAUGGAUUUACUUAUUUCUCAAGGUAUUAAGCUUUCUGUGAUGUACAAUGAUUUUAAAUUAUUAGAUUCUAUGAAUACUAUUUGUAGUCAACUUAAUGAUAAACAAGGUUUGAUGAAAAGACAAUACUCUAGUAAAUUGAGUAAGAAAGGUGUUCAAUAUGCUUUAUCCUGGAACGAAUACAUUGUGUCAAAUGAUUUAAGAGAUACCAAUUGUUAUAUGGGAUUAUAUGAUAUGACUAUUAAACUAAAACAAUCUUAUGAUCGUUCUAAAAAUGAUCCAGUUUCUACAACUGAUAGUUAUAGUACUUCGCGUUCAAAUGAUUAUGAUCGUGAUAGUUCUAAUAGCAGCAGUGAUGAAGGUCGUGGUAUGGAUCGUUAUAAUAAUACUUCUAAAACAAGGAGUAACAGAGGUGGUAGAGGUACUCGUAGCUCAGGAAGACGUAAUUUCAUGAAUGAUAGUGCUGACAAUUCAAUAUUUGGUGAAUCUUCACAAAUGGUUAAUAACCCAGAUAGAUUAUAUAGAAUCCCAACAAUUAACAUGAAGAAAGAAACCCCUAAGAUCAAGAAUUUGAUUAGUGAUGCUCUAGCAGCCUCAACUGCAUUGCAAAAUACUUUAAUUAUGCUUCCAGAUGAACAAAACGCUAUGCUAGAUAAGAGUGCUACAGAGAGUUUUGUUAAAGCAAGAAACAUCAGAAGAAAAGUUUUAAGAUAUUUACAAUUAGUCACUGAAGGUGAAUUCUUAGGUAGCUUGAUUCAUGCUAAUGAUGAAUUAGUUAAUGCAUUAACUCUUUAUGACGAAAAGAGUUGGGAAGAUUCAGGAGAAGAUUCUACAGAAAAUGGUGUAUAUCCAGAUUCAGAAGGUGAAGAAAGUCAAAACAAUGACAAUAGACGUUCAGGACGUUAUAGUAAUGAUGAUGAUGACAGUGGUAAUAUUUACCAAUCAGAUAAUAAUAAUGAUGGAGACUUUUAUAUGGCAGCCAAUAAUCCAUUUGCUGAUAAUAAUAGAUUAUAG